ACGAAGACCUAUGGAUCUGAGAAAAAUCAGCGGAUUAUGGUUAAGAAAACUCAAGUUAUGACAUUCAAUCAAAUAUUUGGAAGCCUUUCCGACUUUACAUGCUACUGCGCAUGAGCACCACAACGUGUUUUGAGGAAAAAGGUCACGAACUCUGACCCUCCCUAGAGCUGCAGCAAACGACAAGAAAAUAACAUUAAUUAAUUGUACAUCGACACACAAUCCGAGAAAACAGCACAAUAACAGGUAAGACAACUGGAUUGUGCGCGAAAAGCUCCAAUCAAACGACGCGUUGGUCAGCUCUGUCAUGUAACGUUAUGACAAGGAAGAAUACAUUUGCCAAGCAGCAGCCCGAGGGGAAGCUGCCAUUACAUUAGCUUACUGGCUAACCAGGCUAACAGGCUUAGCUAACGGUUCCGGACCAGGAAAGAGUGCACCAAAACCAAUUUAAUGUGCCUCAUGGGCUUUUGAUGCUUUGAGCAGCAGAGGAAAUCAUAAUCAGCAUCAUGGAUGGACCGACUCAGAGGAUUCAGCUGGUCUCAGCUGAUGGUGGCAUGCUGGGACACCGUAUCCAGAUUGUGACCGACCAGUCAACAGGGCAGAAGAUCCAGAUUGUCACGUCACUGGAGCAGGGUUCUGGUGGGAAGCAGCAGUUUAUCCUGGCUAACGCGGACUACUCCACAGCAGGCAAGGUAAUCCUUGCCAAGCAAGAGGCCUCGUCCCCGGGCAAGGUGAUCCUGGCGGCCCCAGACGGUUCAGGGGUGAACCAGUUGCUGUUUGCCUCCCCUGACCUGGCCGGUCAGCAGAUCCAGUAUUUCCAGUUUGUCACGGAGGGGUCAGAUCCGGCACUUGCCAAGCCAGUGGUAGAGUACUGUGUAGUGUGUGGAGACAAGGCCUCAGGUCGUCACUACGGGGCGGUGAGCUGCGAGGGGUGUAAGGGCUUCUUCAAGCGCAGCAUCAGGAAGAACCUGGUGUACACGUGCCGGGGCUCAGGGGAGUGCGUCAUCAACAAGCACCACCGGAACCGCUGCCAGUACUGCCGGCUGCAAAGAUGCAUGAUCCUGGGCAUGAAACAGGACUCCGUUCAGUGCGAGAGGAAACCGGUGGAGGCGUCCCGGGAGAAGUCCAUCAACUGUGCCGCGUCCACAGAGAAGAUCUACAUCCGGAAGAACCUGUGCAGCCCGUUGGCUGCCACCCCCACUUUCGUCACGGACAAGGAGACGGCCAGGUACAGGUCGGCCAGUCUCUUGGAGUCGAGCAUGCUCCUGAACAUCCAACAGCCUUUCCCCAAGCUGGAGAACAACAUCCUGAUCCCCACGUCGCCAGACUCUAAUGACCCGUGCCAGGGAGACCUGAGCACAUUGGCCAAUGUGGUGACAUCACUGGCCCACCUGAACAAGGCCCGGGAGAUGAACAACGUUUCCGAUGGCAAUGACCUGAUGGGCGGGGACGACACACUUAGCAACGGAGACAGCUCCAUGACGGAUCUCCAAGGAGAUGAACAGACGGCCAGUGACAUCACUCGAGCGUUUGACACCCUUGCCAAGGCCCUGAACCCGGGGGACGGCACAGCGGGAGAUUCCCUGGAGGCCACCAUGCAGCUGAUGUCAGGGGACCAGUCAGGCCCUGUGGUGGAGCUGGAGGGACCCCUCCUGUCAGACAGCCACGUGCCCUUCAAGCUGAUGAUGCCAUUGCCCAUGCCGGAGUACCUCAACGUGAACUACAUCUGUGAGUCUGCCUCACGCCUCCUCUUCCUGUCGAUGCACUGGGCACGCUCCAUACCGGCCUUCCAAGCCCUGGGAGGCCAGGAUAACGACAUUAACCUGAUGAAGGCGUGUUGGAACGAGCUGUUCGCCCUGGGCCUGGCUCAGUGCUCCAACACCAUGAACGUAGCCACCAUCCUGGCAGCCAUCAUCAACCACCUGCAGACCAGCCUACAAGAAGAGAAGCUGUCCCCGGAGAGGGUGAAGCUGGUCAUGGAGCACAUCUGGAGGAUGCAGGAGUUCUGCAACAGCAUGGCCAAGCUUUCUCCCGACGCCUACGAAUACGCCUACCUCAAAGCCAUCGUCCUCUUCAGCCCUGACCACCCAGGCAUAGACAACACUCUGCAGAUUGAGCGGUUCCAGGAGAAGGCCUACAUGGAGCUGCAGGACUACGUAACCAGGACCUACCCUGAGGACUCCUAUCGGUUGUCCAAGUUGCUGUUGCGUCUCCCGGCCCUGCGUCUGAUGAGUGCUGCCGUGACGGAGGAGCUGUUCUUCGCUGGCCUCAUCGGCAACGUCCAGAUAGACAGCAUAAUCCCCUACAUCCUAAAGAUGGAGUCCACCGACUACAACAGCCAGGUGGUCACUGGCAUCUGACCUCUCUGAACCACUCCGCCUCCGGUCACCAUGGCGUAAUCUGCUGUAGUCAAGCCGACGGGCUCUGUGGGUAAACGGGUGGUCGAUGGUACCAUCCAAAUUAACAGGGUCGUGUUCAUUAAGGCUUAGCGUUAGCAAAUGUUGUGCCACAGACACGAAGGAGCGUUGCGGUCUUUUUCUUUCUUCAUUAUUGGUUCAGAUAUUACCUCCCAGUUUGCUUGUUUUUCACUCUAGUUUGGACAGUUUUCUUUGUUUCAUACUGAACUGAACACAACUUAGGUUGACUGCAUUGAGUGUGACCAUCUCUGCUUAAGAGUCUGAAGUUUUAUUUUUUAUUGAAUGAAGACUUCUUCGUUGCUGGAACAAUCUUCCUUGAUCCCUAGCUAUUGGUCAGACACAAACACACACCCAAAAGUAACAGCUGCCUCACCAACAUUGUCCUCGGUUUUGCUAAAGCAGCUUUCACUCAUGCAUUGUAGUUUGUGCUUUAAUUGAUGUACAGUAAGGCAUUGUUUUUUCCCUCCAUAUCUCUUCAAGCCUUUUAUUUCUUUGCUUUUCAUUUUUGUAUUUUGAUGAAUGAGUGGAAGUGGCUUUCGUUGCCCCUUGCUCAACUGGUUUGAACUUCGUGUGUUUUCUAUCCUUUUUUCCAGAAGUGUUUUUUUGUUGAGGAAAAACGAUCACAAUGUGAAAUGGUUUGUUAUUAUUCUGUUUGUUCAAGAGAAUGAAAGGUUAUAACCUUUGUAUGGUAUGUUUGUUUGCCAAUCCGAAGGAUGAGGCUGGUGUUGUGAGUCAGCUCUUGUAGAACAUGGAACGUAUUGAAUUCAUAGAAUCGUGUGUGUGUAUAUAUAAAUAUGUAUAUAGAAAGUGAAAAAGAAAUGCUGUCAUGAACAAUUGCUGCUUAUUAGAAUUUCAGCUUUUGGACAUGUAAAUGUAGUUGCUACAACAAUUGUCAAGUCAUUUGGAAAAUAAAAUCUUUCAAUGGUCAAGUAA